AGGGCACGUGGCUCGUCCGCCGCCUGUUCUAGACGCGAGGCCUUGGGUCAUAGUCAUGCGUGUGGGAUAGAGGUUGCUGCUUCCCACGGCCCCCAAACGCGAGGCGAGAACAUGGCAGCAGCUGCGAGAGAGCAAAAAGAGCUGCUGGCUCUGAUGCACCAUCAGUUGGUCCAGAUGGGUUAUGAGAGAGCAGCAAAGGAGUUGCUGGAUCAGAGCGGCCAGAAAACUUUACCAUCAUCUUCUGUUUCUCUGAAAGAAAUCAUCGCUCAGUGGAAAAAGACUUCCUCACGAACUCCAAAACAGAAGACUAUAGAAGCCAAGAGAGGCACUCCAGUAAAGAUCAGAAUUCCUGACCCCAAGAGCAGCUCUGAGAGCUCAGAGGAGGAAGCAGCAGCAGAAACCAUAAAAACUAAUCUGCCUAUGAAUAACAACACCAAGCUAAGGAAGACAGCUGAAGAAGAGAGUAGUAGCGAAGAUUCAGAUUCAUCUUCUGAAGAGGAAGCAGUUGCCAGAAAGACUGUGAAAAACCCUGUGGCUGGAAACAAAGCUGAGUUUCUGCAACUGGCUCAUCAAAACACCCAUUCUGUCCCAGGAAAGGGGGUGGCUGUUGCUGCUGUCCAAGCAAAAGGAGAACAGAACGCAUCUCCUUCAAAUAAGCCACUGCCUCCAUCUGUGAGGAAAGCCGGGCCAAAUAAAGGUCUUUCUAGUAAAGCAGGACCUCCUUCGCAGUCACGGAUUUCAGGAGGACAAAAAACAGCACAGACCGCUCUUGCAAAGACAGCAGGGAGCUCUGAAAGCAGCAGCAGCACGUCUGAGAGUGAGGAAGGAACAGCUUCAACCGUAGUAAAAGCCACACCUUCCAAGCCGUCUCUAAAGAAGGCGGAGAGCACAAGUGAGGACUCAAGUGAUGAUUCUGACUCUGAAGAAGGAUCAAAAGCACCAGCAGUCCAUGUUAAAGCAGCUGUGCAAAAUGCCCAGGUCAGCACUCUGCUGGUGAAAAAAUCAUCAGCCACUGCUGGAUCUUCUACAAGAAAUGCAGUAAAGGUAACCCCAGCAAAGCAAACCAGUGUAAGAUCUGGAAAUGCAAAGAAAAGCACAGAAUCGACAGAUACUUCAGAAACUAGUGACUCAUCAGACAGUGAGCCUAAAGAACCUGCUUUAGUAGCACAGUUAAAAUUAUCCGGAAAAAGUCCCCAGGCCUCCAAAGCACCAGUGAAAAACACAGCAUCAAGUCCAUUAAGCAAGGCAGUCUCUGCUUCCGCUCUGCCAAAAUCCACCCAGAAGCCCCCCGUGACCAGCUUAGCAAAACCACUCCCUCCUUCAAAAGAAGCCCAGAGCUCGGACAGCAGCGAAUCAUCAUCUGAGAGCGAGAAUGAGACUCUGCCGGUCCCAAUAAGUCAGAAGAGAUUGCCAACGCCUCACCCUUCUGUGGGGACCAAACAAAAUCAGGCUGAUCAGCCUGGGAUCCUGCCCAAAGCUGUAUCAGGUGCUUUGAAAGGGAAGGAAGCACAGAACAAAAGCAGCAGCUCAUCUGACAGUGAGGAUGAAACUGUUCCCACACCAUGCAAACUGCCAGCUCCAUCUGCCCCCAAGGCAAGUCCUGCAGUUCAAGGUGCGUGUAGGGUGAAGCCCCAGCCUCCAGAGGGAUCACGUCAGAAGGCCCAGCAGAGCGAAGAUAGUAGUGAAGAUUCAAGCGAUGACUCUGACUCUGAGGAAGAUACAGCUCAGAAACCAGCUCAAGUAACACAGAAACCUGCUUCCUCUCCUAUGAAAAGCCUGACAGCAAAGAAUUCAGGGAUCACACUAGGCAAACCUCAGCCAGCAGGAAAAGGGGGGACAACCCCAGCAAAAUCAGGAGCUGCCCCCGUUCCAGAAGUCUCCAAGAGCUCAGAGACCAGCAGCUCCGAUUCUUCAGAUAGCACAGAAGCUGAGAAGCCAGCAAAGCAGCCCCCUAUUCACCCUUUUUUUAAACAGAUGACUGGUAAAGUGACCAUCCCUUCAGGAAAGGGUGUACAGACCAAUUUGAAUAUGCCCAACACUGCUUCCAACAAAUGCCAAAUCCCUGCCACGAAAGCAAGAGGGAAGGAAGGGCAGACUCCCUCCCAGAAGGCUAAACCAGGCCAGGGCCAGGUUCUAGCCGCUAAGUCCCCUGGAAUCACCAUGCAUAAGGAGAGCUCUUCAGACAGUUCCUCCGACAGCGAGGAAGAAGCCGAAGCCUUGACAACAGCCAGACAUCCGGCACAGCCUGCCACCCAGCAGAAACAAGAGGGGAAAAAAGAGUCAGAGAGUUCAUCUGAGGAGUCCAGUGAUGAAGAAGCUUCUCAGUCCCUUUUAACAGGGCUAUCAAGUCCUCACAAGAGCCAGGCAUCCACUGUGGCUGCAGGUCCUCUGCUAUCCAAACAGAGUUCUGGGAAAGCUAGUACUCCGGCAGUCAGUGCUCCCGCAGAGGCUUCUGGGAAGCCAGCUCCUGCUGACAGCACAUCAUCAGCUGAAAGCUCUUCAAGCAAUAGCAAAGCUGAGGAAACCGUCAGACCAAAAGCAGAGAUCAUCUCGUUGCCGUCUUCUGGAAGGGAAGCGGUGGCGGCUAAGAUGAGGAAAGGCAAACGAGGACUGGAAAGCACCAGCUCCAAGCCGCCCCCAGCAAAGAAAGCCGCUGCAAAGGCUCAGAGCAAUGGCCAGGUCCCAGGGACUUCUGCAGUACAGUUGCCAGAGUCACUUACCCCAUUGUUCAAAGCUCACCCUGGGAACAAAGAGCAGGCUGCCCCCCAAGUUUCUCCAGGAACCCAGGAAGAUGCCCAUGCCAACCCUGUUAGGAAGGCGAAGACAUCCAAAACUGGAACGAAAGAAAAACCAUCCAAGAAACGGAAACUGGCAGUCGGGGACACUGACCCAGAGGUUUCAAAGGGCAAAAAGCUUAAAAUGCAGAGUGGUGAAGAGAUGCUGGUAAAAAAGAAGAAGAAGAAGAAGAAAUCCAAGUCUUCAGACAGCACCAAAUCAUCAAAGAAAAAAAACAGCAAAGAAAAGAAGGCUGAUAAGAAGAAAAAGAAGAGCAAAAAUGUGGAGAGACUUGAUGCAGAUGGGUCACAGAAGAAGAAAAAGAAAAAGAAGAAAAUGGAUAACCUUGAAGAAGAGGCAUGAACAUGUAGUGGCUUUAUAAUUCAAUGUGAAGAAUGGAAGUACACCCAUUAGAAAAGAAUUAUUCAUUUAUAUUUUUUAAACAACAAAACCAAAUGUCAGAGAUUGAAUUUAAUUUAUAACUAUUUUUAAUGAUGACUUUUAAAGCUAAGAAACUGCUUCAAGUGACCUGGACGUGGGCUUGGGAGAAGGAUACAACUUGUACUAUUAAGAGAAGAGAUCGGGAUGCUGACCUCUUGGAAGUGGAAUGUUCAGAGACAGAAAGUUGGCUUUGUUCACUGCAGGAUUUUUAAAUUGCUGUUUCCACUUCCUUUCUUUGCUUCACUCAACACUUAAGAGUUAUAUUUUUUAAGGAAAACCUCAUCCAUCUUCUCUCAUUACUUUUUUUAAAUCAUCUUUUAUUUUCAAUUUCAAGGAGGGAGGUCCUUGUCUCUCCUUGUGUCCAGUAUGUACAAAAUUGUGUUGUCUCUA